GGCCUGGCUGGUCUAUUCAGCUCCUGCUUGGAAGCCGUCCAAAGGUUCGACUCGUAUAAGAACUUCGGCCGUGAUUCGCGCUCCUUGGCGACUCAGUUCGACGCCGACAAGCACCGCUUCGAACAGUGGGGUCGGGCCGUCGGCUUCGAGAACGGGAGGUUGUCAGACUCCCACCACCCCGCCCUCGACGAUGCUCAGAAACUGACGGUGGUCCGCAAGCUGUUGGACAGUAUCCAAGAUUUCUGCAGCGACGCAGCAGAUGCCUUGUACCAACAGUACACGCAACCAGACGACGGGCUCGCGAAAAGCGGUUCGAUCUCUCCACGGCAGAUCCAGCCUCGCUAUGGCGCGCCGAUGGCUUCCAGAUGGCGGAAGGCGGCUUGGGCACUCACCGGGAAAACCAAACAGACGGGUCAUGUCCAGACAUUUGCAACCUUGGUGCAGUAUCUUUAUGAUGUGGUACCUCCCGACGACAGAUCGGAUGCGCUAUCAAAGCGAUCCACGCAAUCACAAGACAGCCUGACUGCCUUUCUCGACGAUAUUCGAGCCUUCAUGGACAAAUUAGAAGAGGAGAUGCGAGCUGAAAUAAAACGGGACCUACGCGUAUGGCUUGGGUGCCCAUCCACGAAUGAUUUGUACGACGACUCUAUCCACAAACGACUAGAUGGAACGUGCGAAUGGAUACUAGAACGAGACGAGAUUCGUGAUUGGCUUUCGUCCAGUGCCUCAGCCAUCGCCAGCAACGUUCUGUGGAUCAACGGCCCGGCAGGGUUCGGUAAAACCGUUUUGUGUGCCAGAAUGGUUGAGAUUCUUUCAACAAAUCUCCAAACCCCCGUCGCACACUUCUUCCUGUCGUCCAAGUAUGAAGGCCGCGACGAUCCAUUUAUGGCUCUCAGGUCGUGGGUUGCUGAUGUGGCCUUUGGCGAUCAGGCUGCCUUGGACGUUGUCUAUAAAAGGCGUUUAGCUCAGCACGAACAGGUCGCCACGCGAGCGACCCUGGUACAACUCUUCCGCGAGGUUGUACAAACUGUUCCUUGUUGCACUUUUGUCUUGGACGGUCUGGACGAAUGCACCUGGCUAGGGGAGAGCCGGGACGGUGCAAAUUCCGUUGCCCACUUUCUCAGUGAGCUCCGGCAGGCGAUUGCUGAUACCACAGCUCGGAUCAUGGUAACUAGCCGUAACGAACCAGAGAUUUGGCAUGGGCUUUCGCAGUUCCCAGGCUUCAACGAGUAUAUCAUAUCACCUGAAGACGUCCAUGCCGACAACAUAGCCUAUUCGAGGAGUAUCGUCGACAAUAAGCUCUCCAAGCAGGACGAGUCGACGAGGCUCAGCAUCUCCCAGAGAAUGGCCCUUCGAUGUAACGGCCAGUUCCAGUGGCUGAAGAUGCAAGAAGAAUUCUUGAGGAGGGGCAGGAGCAGGAAACAGCUCGAAAGAGACAUUGACGCAGCGCCCGCCGGUCUUGACCGCCUCUACGACCGGAACUGGGACAGAAUUCAGAGCUUGCGACACGAGGACAGAACGAGGGCAUUCUCUUUGCUUCGGUGGGCCGCAUUCUCCGUACGGCCUCUGACUGUGUUCGAGAUCACCGGAGCUGUUCUCGUUAACGAAGACUGCGACGAUCUGCCACUUGACGAGUUUCCGGACUCUGUUGACGACGAUUACGUUGACAGUGAGAUCUUGGGUUUGUGCGGAUCUUUGAUCGAAGUACAGGGCAGUCAAUCUCCCGCUGGAUGGAGAAAAGUACACUUGACCCAUUUUUCGGUCAAGGAAUACCUGCUUUUCAAGAUUCCGUCUCGCGGGACGGUCUUGAUUGCCAACGAGAAAUUGCGCGCGGUCAACGAAUCCAUCGAGAGUACUGCCCUCGCCAAGCUUUGUCUCCAAUACAUCAGGUUCCCGCGUGUCUGGGAUAGUUCUCUUGCCGAGGAGAAAGAU